CUUUAUUUCUUCUUUUUUUUCACGUUUGCAAUUUCAGUUGAAAUCAGACAUAAGUUCACAGCACAAAUCACUUUCUUUGCGCCAAUGAGUCUAAAUACGGUCAGCACCCGUGAAGAUUAUGAGGACCGUCCAUCGUGUACGCAACAAGAAUCAUCACUGGGCAUCAGCCAAGCUUUAAAAGCAGCCCCCGGCAGUGGAGCAGAUAGAAAAAGGAAAACGUCCUUACGAGACGAUACUUUUCGAGAAGCAGGUGAAUCUGACAACUUGCUGGUAUGGGCGAGGUUCUAUAUAUCAUUAUACUAUAACAAGAUACUGGUUGGCAUGUUAGGUUGUGUAACUGGAUGGGCAUGGUAUAACAGAAUUGAUCGACAUGUUUUACUGGGCGCCCUUCCAACACCUACGCAUAUCAAAGAUUUGCAUUCACAAGAACGCGUCCAAGCCAUCGUCAAUCUGUGUGCAGAGUUUCCGGGCUACAAAAGCUUGUACGAUGAACUAGGGAUGAAACAAACACUGCUGCCAACGAGUGACUUUACUAUUCCGCAUUUGGAACACAUUGAACAAGGUGUGGAUGAUAUACUAGAUAUCGCGCAACAAAACCUAGGAUGCAUCUAUUUACAUUGCAAAGCGGGCCGUGGGCGAAGCGCUGCAAUUGCACUAUGUUAUUUGCUACGAAUGUAUCUAUUAAGCCCUGCAGAGGCCCAGGAUAUUUUGUUACGGUGUCGACCCCAGGUCGACAAGGAUCUUUUCCAAACAGAUGAAGUACGUGCAUAUUACAAAAACCUGAUAAGUCAAGCAGAAUCAGGAAAGAUUACUCGGAUACCUUGCUCUAUUGAAUAAGCAUGAAAGUACAGGGAGCCACUUUGUCUUCUCUUACUUCUUACCCUUGUCUAGUACAUUCAUUUAUGUGGUCUAUCCUCCCACCGUGUCAUACCUACUACGCUCUUACUGCCUUUAAUCUUUUUUUUUUCGCUUCUAUUUUGUCCUUUUUGAAUACUUUUUUUAUCCAACAACAGAACCUGAUUAUUUCAUCCCCUGAUAGCCUAUAUUCAUUUUAUAGAUUUUGUGAUAUACGAAGACCGUAAGCUGCAUUUUGUUCCCGG